UCUCCAGCCCAGCCGGAGCCGCUUUCCCUUGCCUGAGUCCAGAUAGAGCCCAGCAUGCCUUCAGGGACAUCCCAGUGUGAAGAUGGCUCUGCAGGAUGCCCCCAGCCCCUGGAGGAGCACUCAGGAAAAGGGCACCUAGAGAAGGGCUCUUCAGGGGACAGUGAGCGCCUGUGGAUCCCACCUGAUACCCCGAGCCGAUGUACCUGGCAGCUGGGCAGGCCCGUGGCAGACUCCCCGCAUCAUCACACAGAACCCACAGAGCUGACAAAAUCUCCAAAAAUUUUGCCAGAUAUUCUGAGGAAAAUUGGGAACACCCCCAUGGUCCGAAUCAACAAGAUCUCAAAGAAUGUGGGACUCAAGUGCGAGCUGUUGGCCAAGUGUGAGUUCUUCAAUGCGGGUGGGAGUGUGAAGGACCGCAUCAGCCUUCGAAUGAUUGAGGAUGCUGAGCGAGCUGGAACCUUGAAGCCUGGGGACACGAUCAUUGAGCCCACAUCUGGGAACACAGGGAUCGGGCUGGCUCUGGCCGCUGCUGUGAAGGGUUAUCGAUGCAUUAUCGUGAUGCCAGAGAAGAUGAGUAUGGAGAAGGUGGAUGUGCUGCGGGCUCUGGGAGCUGAGAUUGUGAGGACACCCACCAAUGCCAGGUUCGAUUCCCCCGAGUCUCAUGUGGGAGUGGCAUGGCGACUGAAGAAUGAAAUCCCCAAUUCUCACAUUCUGGAUCAGUACCGAAAUGCCAGCAACCCCUUGGCGCACUACGAUGACACUGCCGAGGAGAUCCUGCAGCAGUGUGAUGGGAAGCUGGACAUGCUGGUGGCUUCAGUGGGCACAGGUGGCACCAUCACAGGUAUUGCCAGGAAGCUGAAGGAGAAGUGUCCUGGGUGUAAAAUCAUUGGUGUAGAUCCUGAAGGGUCCAUCCUUGCGGAGCCCGAGGAACUGAACCAGACGGAUCAAACAGCCUAUGAGGUGGAAGGGAUUGGCUAUGACUUCAUCCCGACAGUGCUGGACAGGGCGGUGGUGGAUAAGUGGUUCAAGAGCAAUGAUGAGGAGUCCUUCGCCUUUGCCCGCAUGCUCAUUGCACAGGAAGGACUGCUGUGUGGUGGAAGCUCAGGCAGCACUAUGGCUGUGGCCGUGAAGGCCGCCCAGGAGCUACAGAAAGGACAGCGCUGUGUGGUCAUCCUGCCCGACUCUGUGCGGAACUACAUGUCCAAGUUCCUGAGUGACAAGUGGAUGCUGCAGAAGGGCUUCAUGAAGGAGGAACUCUCAGUGAAGAGGCCUUGGUGGUGGCAUCUGCGUGUUCAAGAUCUGAACCUGUCAGCACCAUUGACUGUGUUGCCCACAGUCACCUGUGAGCACACCAUCACCAUCCUCCGAGAGAAAGGAUUUGACCAGGCACCUGUGGUCAACGAGUCAGGGGCCAUCCUGGGAAUGGUGACUCUUGGGAACAUGCUAUCAUCCCUGCUUGCUGGGAAGGUGCAGCCAUCAGAUGAAGUCUGCAAAGUCCUCUACAAGCAGUUCAAACCGAUCCACCUAACUGACACACUGGGCAUGCUAUCCCACAUCCUGGAGAUGGACCACUUCGCCCUGGUGAUCCAUGAGCAGAUCCAAUCACAAGACCAGGCCUGGUCAGGAGUGGUGGGGGGGCCUACAGACCACAGCAAUGGCAUGUCCAGCGAGCGGCAGAUGGUGUUUGGGGUUGUCACUGCCAUUGACCUGCUAAACUUCGUGACAGCCCAUGAAAAGAACCAGAAAUAGAGCCUGGAAGUCGGGACUGGCUUCCAUCUCUCCUGCUGGGGCUUCUUGGCUUUCAAGGACGUGGACCAGUCUCCAUGCCCAUGUCCAGCAGGUGGCAUGAACAGGUCGCUGUCUACACAAGCUGCAGAGGCCCAGCCUUCCUCCUAACACUCAGCUUCCUAAAUGAAUCCGAGCCUGAAUAGCUUACAUGGGUGUCCUCUGGUGUCAUGGAAGAAUUGAGGGAUGUCAGUCAGGGAAGACGAACAGAGUACAACUGUGACAAGACUGAGGGGUGCCAGGAAGUGUCCUCCCUAGAGAAGGCUCCAGCAUGGGGAAGGGCAAACCCUAUACCGACUCUGUCCAUCAGCAGAGCUAGUGUGUCCCCAGCAUGGGAGCAUGUGGGUUUGAAUGGAGAUGCAGUUCCUGUGACCUAAGCCCUGUGGCUGUGAACAGAGUGCCUGCAUAGGUCAUGCCCCAUCAUGCAGUUCUUCCUCACCUUCCCCUGCUUCCCUGACAAGCCUUACCUGCUUUCUGUCUCGAUGGGUUUCCCUGUUCUGGACACUUCCUAUUAAAUGCAAUCACACAGC